AUGUCAAAAGUGUUUAUUGUUACCGGUGCGAGCCGAGGUCUCGGCUUAGCUGUAGCACAAGCCUUAAUCCAGGCCUCGCAUAAGGUGUUUUUGGUUGCCAGAACUGAGAAGGAUAUGCAGACGUUGAAGGACCAACAUUCAUCGUCUGUCGAUUUCAUAGCAGCAGAUCUAGCAGAUCUUAAGGUUGCACCCAAAAUCAUCGAAUCGGCGCUAAAAGCCUUUGGCAAGAUUGAUGGUAUCGUUGUCAAUCAUGGCGUCAUAUCUCCUAUCACAAAAAUAUCCGAUUCAAGUGCUGAAGAAUGGAGAAAAGCGUACGACAUCAACGUAUUCAGUGCUAUAGCAUUGAUUAAAGAAGCCAUCCCCGAACUCCGAAAGUCAAAGGGACGGGUUAUCUUUGUCUCUUCCGGAGCCGCGUUUGGCGCGUAUGCGGGAUGGGGCUCUUAUGGUACCUCUAAGGCAGCCCUGAAUCACUUUUGCAGGCAUCUGGCUGUUGAGGAACCUUCCAUUACUAGCAUUGCUAUUUCACCCGGGAAGCUUGAUACUGAUAUGCAGAAAGAAAUAAGAGACACGGGUAAGGCUGGGAUGACACCAGAAGCUUAUCAGAGCUUCGUCAAUGAACAUGAGAGCGGAUUGUUGGUGGAUCCUAAAAAGCCAGGCACUGUCAUAGCCAAGCUGGUUAACAGUGCACCCGGAGAUUUAAGCGGCAAGCAUUUCAACUGGAGCGCGACCGAUCUUGCAGAGUUCCAGUAG